AUGUCACUUCUCAACGAAUCUAGUUAUAAUUUUCGUGAUCCGUAUAACCUUAUCGCUGCAUUAUCAAUGGGAAUUGUUGGGCUAGCUGGAAUUACAUGUAAUAUCAUUUUUAUCUACGUCUUUUUUAAAAAUGUAUCCGAGAAGACUUCAUUUAAUGUUUUAGGCAUUACAAGAGCAUUUGCAAAUCUUUUUGUUCUUGUAAUUCUUUAUUACUUUGUUUUCAUUCCAACAACUGUUUUAGGUUACACACCUUUCUUCUCAACUUAUGGUGUUUCAUUUGUCCUAGCAAUUAGCAUUGCUCUAUACGCAACAAAUGAAAAUCAAACUCUUCUGACUGCAAUCAAUAGAUUUUGUGCACUAUACUUUCCAUUUCAAUAUUCAAAGUUUUGUGGUAUAAAACCCACUGUGUUUUUCAUAUUUUUAAUCAAUGCCUACCGAUUCGGCGAAGUUAUAGUUCCAAUGCUUAAUCCUAAAUUUUCUGAAACAGCUUGUUGGGGGUCAUAUCAACCACAACCGGUGACAAUUGUCCUAUAGUUGACAAUGCAAUUUUGGUGGCACUGCUCAUUUUUGCAUUGACCACGAUUUUCAAUAUUGCAACGUUUGCAAAAGUUGUAUAUUUCUUUCGAACAAAAUCUCAAAGUGACGAAGCAUCAAAACGCAGGGAAAGGAAGAAUGCCAUUUUAUUUUUUCAAACUGUUCUUCAAGAUUUUCUUCACGUCAUAGAUUUUUCGUUCACUUUCUAUUUCGGUGGAUUGAUUCAACAUAGGCGAUGGACAUUUCUUUCCGGAGCCCUAAUUUGGCAAUUAAUUCAUGCAAUUGAUGGUGUAACAAUGGUUAUUUUUAACGAAAAAGUUGUAUUCGUCGAGUGUUGUUUCUUCAAAAUAUCCACACUACCAGAAACCCAUUCUCUUCCAAUUAUCGGAGGAAAACGGCAGUCUGUUUCUGCAGCAAUAGCCACUGUUGACUGA